GCGCUGAGUUGAGUCUUGGCAUGAAUGAGAAUAUUGUCAAUUUCCAAUUUCUAUUUCGUCUCUUUCUCUUUCUCUAGCCAUUACGCUCCUAACAAUCAUCAUCGACCUCUGCCAUGGUACCGCUCUCCAAGUUGAAGAGCCUCAGAUUGGUUUGUUUACUAUCUCCUUCUACAUUUCCUUCCAGAACUGAAAUAUUGAUUGCUGGGGAUCUAAAACCCUCACAUUUUUCUGUUCAAAAUCGGAUACUCUGCAGACAGUUCACCUCAGAAAUCUCAGCAGACCAACACAGUUUCACCGUCAAUUACCUCAUAACCUCAUGUGGGUUGUCGCCAGAAGAUGCGAUUUCAACAUCCAAGUGGAUCAAGUUGCAGUCCCCAGAAAAUGCAGACGCCGUUUUGGGGCUUCUGAGAAAUCAUGGAUUCUCUACAACCCAGAUCUCAAAGUUUUGCAAAACCCGCCCACAACUUCUUUUAGCCAGGCCUGAGAAAACCCUUUUGCCAAAGCUUGAGUUUUUCAGCUCUCUUGGAGUUUCAAGGGAGGACCUCGCAAAAACGCUGGUUCUGAAUCCAAAUCUUUUGCAAAGAAGCUUGGAGAAACAGCUUGUGCCCACUUAUAAUUUCCUGAGGAGUCUGCUUCCUGAGAAAAAUAUCGUUUCUGUUUUCAAGUACAACUCGUCGAUUUUCUUGCAAGCCCACACCAAGAAAGUAGUGCCAAAUAUCGCGAUUUUGAGAGAAUUAGGUAUGCCUAAAUCAUGCAUUUCUCUGUUGCUAGGUCAUUGUACGCAUGCUUUGAUACAUGAUACUGAAAAGUUUCGCCAAGUUGUGAAAGAGGUUAAGGAAAUGGGUUUUAACCUGGAAAAGUCGACUUCCGUGUUGGCAAUAAGCAUAAUGUGUCGUUCAUAUUAUAAGCGGAUAUUGAAGCGAAAUUGUGAAGUUUAUAGCAGGUGGGGUUGGUCGGAGGCUGAUGUUCUCUCUGCUUUCAGGAGGCGCCCGGAGUGUAUUGCUCUGUCAGAGAAGAAAAUAAUGCAAACAAUGGAUCUUUUAGUGAACAAGAUGGGAUGGUCGUCAGAAAUAAUUCUCAAGUCCCCAUAUGUUUUGAAUUAUAGUUUGCAGAAGAGAACCAUCCCGAGGUGUUCGGUUGUUAGAGUUUUGUUGUCGAAAGGAUUGAUAAAUACUGAAAAACUGAGCUUAUAUUCUGUGUUUGGACCUGUGGAGAAGGAGUUCUUGGAGAGAUUUGUUGACAGUUAUCUGGGUGAAGUACCUCAGUUGUUGUGUGUAUACCAAGGAAAAGUGGAUAUCCAGGACGUAUGAUGUUGCAACUUUUUAACCCCUUGAUGCUGCCUUGGAAAAUUGCUUUUGAUAGGAUACACUCAUGUCUUGCUUCUGUUGGGGUUCAGUAUUAACUAUUCUGGAGAGGAGUGAAAACAACAAUUUAUUUUGUCUACUUUUCAAAUUAGACGUUAUCAGUUCUCUAACCCAUAUGUUUCUUUUGUCUACUCUUCUAUUGCUGUUUCAGUUUAUUUUUCUACUUAGUGGCCUUGCGAAGAGAUGAACCCAGAACUUUUAUUCCUGCUCUGUUAGUAAUUGUUCUCCAGAAGCAGCUGGCCUGGGUAAGCAUCAUUACAUCGUCGUUGUGAUUCCGUAAGUAUGGGAUUUCUUGUCUUAUGAAAAAAAGAAGAGAAAACUCAGCAACUGCGACUCAUGAUUGGGUUCCUUAUGGGACAAAAGGUCCAGCUUUAAUGGGAUACUCAGGAGUCAUUUGGCAAUUGUUAUCUGUGGAGACAAAUGAAUCUAUUUGAAAACUUCUGGCGAUUUUCUGAGAUCAAGAGAGUGGUAUGUUGGGGAUCAGUUUACUUAUUUAUUGCUUCUCCUCUCGAAUCAUUUGCCGUUGAGUAACCUGAAACUUGUCUCCAAAGCACUUGUUUAUUCUUUACUUGGAUGAUAGUUUUCAGGUAAUGCUUCUAACUUUGAUUGAAACACAACUCAAAAUGCAUGCACAACGGUGCUGCAGGUCAUUAGAAAAACUUGUGAUUUCAACUGUCCGUUGAAUGCAUGCUGUGAUUUAUCAGUAGUUACAGGCUUAUCAAUGUUUGAUGAAUAAACAAUUAUGUAAGCUCAUUAUUUAUGUUAUGGAGAAUGCGAUGCCUCAUUUGUAGUGUUUACAGUUUAUUAUGAUGUUGAAUAGUUGUCUUAUCUACAGCAAUGCACAUCGCACUUCCCCCUAAUAAAUUUGGAGGAAAUGUUGUAUCUCACGGAUGUUGAAAUAGAUCCCAAGUUUGAAUUCCCCAACCCCAUUAAUGGACAAAAAAAAAAAAAAAACAGCUCCCAUUUGUGUGUUGGGAGAUAUUUGUUUGCUAUUUACAAUUUUCCCUCAACAGGAUUGUCUGACAAACCGACUUUUGUGUCUGUAGUAUGUGUAUUUUGUGGCUUGAAUAAGGCGAUAUGAAUCGAAGUCGCAAAGUUAAUAGGACGGGGUUGAUCUGAGGAUGAUGUUCUCUAUGCUUUCAGACUGCCCUUACUGAACAAGAUGUAAUGGACAUCAAGAAUGGUUGUUUUGACUCUCUAUUUGGAUUGGACUUGGUAGGAUGGGAUUCGAUAUCGUUUGUUGUACACGUUUUGCAAA